AUGGUGGGCAAGACACCUCGGGUGAGAGGUAGAUAUACCAAGUAUACAAGACACUAUAACAAAGAUUGGGAAAAAGUUCCGGAAUUUGCCAGCUGGAUCUCGGAAACCCCUCAACACCUCCAAGACUUAGGAAUGCCCGAAGCAUGGUGCAAGUUAUGCAGCUGUCCACUCCGGGCACACAGGGAUGGACUUAAGGAUCAUUUGGUUACAGACAAACAUAAGAAGAAUGCGGCUGCCGUGCCAACGAACAGGGCUAGUACUCUUACUAACUACGGUUUUAGGGUCAAAACCAAAGAAUCAAAAGAAAGGGAUCUGGUAUUAGCGGCGCAUGUGGCUUGUCACAGCAGCGUUAGAACUAUCGACCACUUAGGCGAGAUCAUCAAUUGCAUCUCUUCUGAAGGAAAUAGACAGCCACCUUUGAAGUUGCACCGAACUAAGUGCUCCAAAAUAAUCUGCAAAGUCAUUUCUCCCUGCAUGCAGAGGGAUUUAGUCAAAGAUGUCGGCGAUUGUUGGUGUUGGUUCUCCCUCAUAAUUGAUGAGUCUACCGACACAACAACAAUGAAGCAUUUAGCUAUUAUGAUUAAAUACUACAGCCACAAACAUAAGUGCAUGAUUUUGGACUUCCUGGGACUUGUGGAAACACCUGAGUGCACUGCUACAAUCUUAUACAAUGUGAUUAAAGAAUUUUUAAAGAAAAUAGGCCUUAACAUAAAGAAGAUUCUUGCUCUGGGCACUGAUGGAGCUGCUAAUCUCUGUGGUGCACACCAUUCAGUGUUUUCCUUACUUAAGCAGAACGAGUGCCCCAAUUUACACCUUGUGAAGUGUGUGUGCCAUGGCCUAGACAAAUGUGCCAGCAAGGCCAGUGUGGCCUUUCCUUCUUCACUUGGAUAUUUGAUAAGAGAAUCAAGGAACUGGUUCUCCCACAGUGCUUUGAGGAAGGUGCAAUAUGAAAGGGAGUACAAGGCACUCACCGAUGGGCAAAAGCCACCACUUCUUGUCAAGCUGGCUACGACACGGUGGUUGUCCUGGUAUGGCGCCGUAAAGUCGCAUUUGCUGCAGUACUCUGAACUGCGCCACCUGUUCCGGCAAGCAGCGGACGCCGAUCCAGAGAAAAAGAAAUGCCCGAUGGCGCACCAGCUCGCCGCCCUUCAUGAAGAUGGCUCCCAUCUCUUGUACCUAGCAUUCCUCAAGCCGAUUUUACGAGAAUUGACAUCUAUAAAUACACUGUUUCAAAGCUCUGCGGCUGACAUUGCUGGAAAAUCUUUGGUCUUAAGGAAAUUGUUUCAAGUGAAUAAAAUAAAAAAUAAGAACCAAAUUCAGAACUAA